AUGAAAUACGCCUUCAGCACCGCGGCCGCGCUCCUCGCGACCUUCUCCCUCACCUUGGCCGCCGACGCACCAACUUGCAGUCCGACCCAGAAAUGUCCCGACUCCGCGCCCUGCUGCUCCCAGUACGGGCAAUGUGGUGUCGGUGCAUACUGCUUGGGUGGAUGCGACCCGGAAUCCUCGUUUGAUCUCCAAUCGUGCGUGGCUGCACCCACCUGCAAGAGCGGUGAUUUCAAGUUGGACUCCCUCGACGAUGUGGCUGCAAAUACUGUUUACCUCGGAGACGCCAGCAAGGCCAACUGGGUCAGCUCUGGAAAGCCUGUCACUUACAAUGGCGAUUCGAUAUUGCUCACCAUGGCCCCCAGCACGGUCGGCACUUUGCUCUCGAGCACGCACUACGUUUGGUACGGAAAGAUUAGCGCGACCAUGACCACAUCUCAGGGCCAGGGUGUUGUCACUGCAUUCAUCUUGAUGAGUGAUGUCAAGGACGAGAUUGAUUUCGAGUUUGUUGGAGAUGAUGUGACGCAUGCGCAGAGUAACUACUACUGGCAGGGUGUGACUGAUUACCACAACAUGGUCCCGCUUGACACUUCCGACACUCGCAGCAACACCCACACCUACACCAUUGACUGGACUCCUGAUCAGGUCACCUGGUCGAUUGACGGCAACUCUAUGCGUACUUUGAAGAAGUCGGAUACUUGGAACAGCUCCACCAACAGCUACCACUUCCCUCAGACUCCCGCCCGUGUUCAGCUUUCUCUGUGGCCCGCGGGUCUUGAGAGCAACGGCGAGGGUACGGUUUCCUGGGCUGGAGGUCUCGUCAACUGGGACAGCCAGUACAUGCAAAACGGAUACUACUACGCCAUGGUCAACGAUGUGAGCAUUGAGUGCUACGACCCACCGGAUGGCUACACCAACAACGGUGACAAGUCAUACUACUACAUGGACACCCUCGGCACCAACUCGUCCGUCGCGAUUGGCAACAACGACACUAUCUUGUCUUCCUUCAUGGCCACGGGUGACAACCCCAGCUUUGACCCCAACGCCAAGCCAUCUGGUACUUCUUCUUCCAAGACCAACAGCGCAACGUCUUCCUCAGCCAGCAUUUCCGCGACCCCAGAGUCUGUUCCAGGUAUCUCAGGCGGUGGCAACAUGGCAUCUUCCAACGGUGCGCCAGCAGGUGACGCCAAUGGAAACACUGGCACCGGCUCCUCUGGCAGCAGUGGCAGCGGCAGUGGCAGCGGUACCGAUUCUUCAGCAGCGUCUCAAAGCUCGGCAUCAUCUGGCUCGAGCGGUUUCUCACAAGGCGGCAGCAGUAGCGGCAGUGGCAGCGGAAGCAGCAGCGAUGCCCCGAAGAUUGUUGCGGGCAGCGCAGUGGCUCUGCUCGGCUUCUUCGUCGCAGCUCUUAUGAUCUAA